CAGUUGCUCAAACUCCCCACAGCAACUCCCGGGCACACCAGCCCUCCAUCGCCUCCACAGCUUCAGCCGCUCAGCGCAAUGCCACGGAGUGAAAACAGGCGCAGCGCCUGCUCCGUUCACAACACCAUGUGGAGGUCAUGCAGUAUCUUUUGCGCAUGGACUCUGCUCUUCCUCACAGAAGUCUGUGCGCAGUCUCAGCGGAGAACAAUCUUUACAUGUGGCGGAAACAUCACAGAGGAGUCUGGAGUCAUCGGAAGCCAAGGUUACCCAGGAGUUUACCCUCCAAACACCAAAUGUGUGUGGAGAAUCACAGUUCCUGAAGGCAAGGUGGUCGUACUGUCAUUUCGCUUCAUUGAUCUGGAGAACGACAACCUUUGUCGCUAUGACUACGUGGAUGUACACAGUGGUCAUGUCAAUGGGCAGAGACUUGGUCGUUUCUGUGGGACCUUCAAGCCUGGAUCCCUCGUGUCCACAGGCAACAAGAUGCUCCUGCAGAUGGUAUCUGAUGCCAACACUGCUGGCAGUGGCUUCCUUGCAGAUUUCUUUGCUGGCCAUUCUCAUGAGAGAGGUGACCAGUACUGUGGAGGCAGACUUGAUAAGCCGUCUGGGACUUUCAAAACACCUAACUGGCCUGAAAAGGACUAUCCAGCCGGUGUCACCUGCUUCUGGCAUAUAGUGGCUCCAAAAAACCAGAUCAUCGAAGUAAAGUUUGAGAAGUUUGACGUGGAGCGGGACAACUACUGCCGCUAUGACCACGUCUCCAUUUUCAAUGGGGCAGAAAUAAAUGACGCCAAAAGAAUCGGCAAAUACUGCGGAGACAGCCCCCCAGCGCCAGUGUUCUCAGAGGGGAAUCACCUCCUGAUCCAGUUCUUGUCCGAUCUCAGCUUGACUGCGGAUGGCUUCAUCGGACACUACAAGUUCAGACCGAAGAAGCUGCCCAUCACCACCACACCACCAACCACCACCACACAGCCGGUCACUACUAGGCCCAUACCUCUGAAGUACUCCGCCGCCUUGUGUCAGCAGACGUGCAAAAGACAAGGAACCCUUGAGAGCAAUUACUGCUCCAGCAAUUUUGUGAUAACUGGAACGGUCAUUACUGCGGCGAUGAGAGGAGGAAGCAUGUACGCCACCAUCUCCAUUAUCAAUGUGUAUAAAGAAGGCAGCCUGGCAAUCCAGCAGGCGGGGAAAACAAUGAGCAUCAAGAUCAUUAUCCUGUGCAAAAAGUGUCCAUUAAUCAGACGAGGCUUGAACUACAUCUUCAUGGGUCAGGUGGACGAGGAGGGCCGGGGGAAGAUCGCCCCGCACCACUUUGUCAUGGCCUUCAAGAAGAAGAACCGAAAAGGACUAAAUGUUCUGAAAAACAGGCAGUGCUGAUCUUUCCCCGUUGCGCGUUGAGGAUCUCCGCGGUGCUGUUCCUGCCUGAAAAGGCUCAGCUGUGGAUGGAAACAACUAGGCAGGAAACAAAGCUCCUUUUCAAUGACACAAAACCAAAGCUGGGUGCAGAGCCGGCGCAGCAAAACAAUGAAUGUGUAUGUUUCAUUAAAUUAAGGGUAACACACAUUGGUUCAUUUAUUAGGACAAUUUUUUUUGCCAAUUGGGCACAUGCACCCUUGAGUAAUUGCAGGUUGUCUCUUGUUUAAAAGAACAGCUUGUCGUUUAGUUGUUUAAACUAAGAUUAAUGAGCAAAAAAUGAGUUCAAAUUUCUUCUUCUAUCCACAGAUUGUUCCCUGCAUUCCUGUCACAAUUCUCACAGAGAUUCAAUUGUAGCCACUUAGAAAAACAUUCCUCCAUUUAUUUAUUUAUUUUUUUGGCUGCACAUCUGUUCUGGUAUCCCAAAGUGGCACUUUCAUUUUAACACGAAUCCAAGCUACUUUUUAAUAUUUAAAAAAAAUAAAGCUGUGGACUAUAAUGUGAAAAAAGGCUUCUUGAAUUUGACAUUCUUUUCUAAUAUCUGAUGUGAUUUUUUUUUAUUUUUUACAAUCAGCUAAAAAUAUUCUGUUUAGUUUUUAGGAACAGUUUAGAUGUUGUAAAUGUGGUGACUAAAGUGCAAUAAUUAUUCAUUCUUAAAUGGUUUUCCAAUUUUAUGUUAAAAUACUGACAUUUAUUGACGCAAACCACCAGUAUCAGCUCAUGUCAUUUAAAUACUGUCACCUUUUUAUUAAUUCAAUUAUUUUCAUAUACAUAAGAUUAUAAAUAUUAUUUAUAAAGCAUUGUUGUUAUCCUACCUAAUAAAACUCUGACAUUUUCCUUUUGUCUGUCUGUUUGAAGCUAUGCCCUGUUUAGCUUCGUGGUGGGUCAGGCAUGCGACAUGUGACAUACGCAUGGUCUGCUAGUAGACUGUUGCUAGAAUUGAUGAACAGAACAAAAAAGGGUGUAAUUCUAUUUUUGAAAAGAUGUUCUGUUUAGCAGCUAACACCUGCAGCAAAUAACUUUCAUAAAGUCUUCAUUUAGUAUAAAUUCAAGAGGCUGAUGCAAACGACUUGUCCAAAAGAGGCAAAACUGACACAGACGUCUCAAACAACUCCAGUCCCAACAAAAUCAUGUUUGUGCAAACUAAAUUUCAUGAAUAUUAUAUAUAUUUUUUUGCAUUAGGUAGUUAUUUAGGCAGAAGCAGAUCAGCAUUUAUACAGCAAAUGGGAGGAGGAGGCAGUGCUCUACCAGUGAUCUUUCUGUGUGAAACAUAUAAAAGAAUGUCUACUUAUACUUUUACAAUAAUUUUGCUUUUUGCACAUCAGUUACUCUGAUCAGAAACUUGUUUCUUUCUCAGAAGGGAUUUGGCAGAAAAAGAUAAUUGGGAGGCAUGCCGAAUCCUUUCUUUAGUUCCAGUGUAAAUAACCAAUACACUGGAAACAUUACCCAACCAUCCAAUGCAGCUAUGAAGACAGUAUAAAAGUUCAUAACACAGUGUUUGUAUAAAAACUAUGAUGUUUACACAACGUUAGAGUUUUUUUGCUUUUUCUUUUAAGACAGUUGUAGUCUGCGUUGGUUGUGUAACCUCUUGGUUCCUAUUUCACAUAUGAAGAACACUGGUGGUGCACCACCUCAAGUCUUCAUUCUUACAGAUGCACAGAUCUGUGUUUGAGGUUGAUAUCUAGCUGUGGGUUUUUGUAGCCUUCCAGCAUUGGGUGUGCACCACAUAUUUGUAAUAGGAACAUAGGAUUUAACUAUUUUAAAGCAAAUACACAAUGAUCACAAAGUUGACAUUUGAAGCCCUUCUUUUCUUCCUUCUUUCCUUCCUCAUUUCCUUGCUCCCUCCCUUCUUUUUUGCAGGAAAUGCAAUUUUUUUCUAGUUUUGAUUACAUUUAGGCAAAGACAUUAAGGAAAAUAGGCUAAUACACUUUUUAAUCAUGUUUAUAGAUCUUUUUUAAAAACUUCCCCCCCUCUACAUCAGAGAGGGUGGAGUCCCAGCACACCCACUGCCUUUAAGUAAAAUUAUAAAGGAAACACUCUAGCUUUAUCUCAGAUUUUUAAGCAAGUCAUCACCAAGAAAGUCCAAAUCUUCCACAAAUCUUUUAUUUUUUUCCUGUUGAAAAGAAUGGCUUUCUUUAUUUACAAAGUAAAGGUUACAUAGCUGAACAAAGAGGGGGCCUGAGUCUUGAGGCUUUGGUGAAUA